UUGCAAAUCCAACGCGCGUUGAACUUCCGCCAAUAAAUGCGCAGAGCGAUUCAAGUACACCGUCGAACGUCGACACAUUCAGCAACCGCGCCCACACACACACACACACAUGGCAUCUACGUGUCAGAUGCGCUUCCAUGACCACACUGAAUGCAUUGCUAUACACAAGAUGCGUCCAUCCAUCCAUCCAUCCAUGUAUCCUACCUGCUCUGCAUAACGCCCUCCGUUCCCCCCUCCGCCUCCCUCUUCCUCUCCGGUCCAUCCUCGACCGGGGGUGCUGCCUCAGCGGGCCCUGCUGCUUGGCCCAUCGUCUCGCGCUCAGCCUUCUUGCCCUGCUUGGCUGCCGGCACGCCUGUCGGCUGCUGGGGGCUGUCGGCCUUCUCUCCCUCUCCCUCUCCCUCUCUGUCUUGCCCUUCUUGCAGCAGCAGCUCAUCGAACACCUCGCGCAUCCUCUGAUGAAUCGAAUCCAUGAGUGAGUGGUGGGUGAAUGGAUAUAUGAACCAUGCAUGCCAUGGACAGACAGAGAAGGAAGGCUGUGUGAAGGGACGGACGUUUGUGGGUGUCUGCGCUGUCUGCGUGUCUGUGUUGUGUUGUGUGUGCAUCUCUCUCUCUCUGUAUGAUGUGACAGGCUGGCUGGCUGGCUGACCUUGACGCCUCUGAACUGCCCCCUGGCCUGGUCGUGUCGCUGUGUGGUGGACGUGAUGAGCUCCUUCACCCACACAUUGGGACUCUGGCCGGCAUCGACGUGCCUGCAAAGCAAUUCAUUCAAACACGCCGGCCAAGCCACCAACGACACACACAGAGAUGACUCACACCGCACCCUCUGUAAGGUAUAAAGCAUGCGUUGCGUGACUCACUCACUGCAGGAAGCUUUGCGGCAGGAACAUUGGCCUCGAGAGGUCCUCCCUCUCCGCCCACUCGUACAUCGACCGCAGCCGGCUCGUGUACCGCUUCCUGACGCGGUGGGUGGCAGCCGCAGGGGCAGACACAACACACACACACAAGAUGGCCCGUACCUGUGAUGUUUUCUUAUGGUUGGGUGUGCGUCAAUGAGGGAGGGAGCCUACAGCAUCUUAUCGAGCCUCUUAGCGUUCCUCUCACGGUCUGUGCUCCAGUCCUCCAGCACGAUGCUCAUCUCAGACAACACACGGACAGCUGCACGCACACACAUCACAUCCCACUCCCCCGACACAGAUGCACAUCCAUCCAGGAUAGGAUGCGAACCUGAACCUGCAGAUCUCUAUCUGCUAUCUGGGGUCUGGUCUUUCUUAUUACCGUCUUGCAGAUCUGGCACAAGCACCUUGAUGGGAGUGGCUGGAGGGGAUGGGACAGCUGCUGCAGCUGCUCCUGCUCCUGCUGCCGUCGAUGCCGAUGCGGCAGCUGCAAAGGCGGCGGCCUCGCCGCUUGCCCGCAUCUCGGCUGCCAUAUGAGCAACGAAAGAACGCGCCUCCCCUUCUCUCCAC